CCCAGACCAGACCGAACCGCUACCGCCGCCGCCGCCGCCACGACCACCACCACGACCACCACGAGCAACGCCGACGCCUCGGGUGACGUCCUUACAAACCACAUUUCUCCAAACCCGCCCGCACGCCCGCACAUCGUCUCGACAGUCGGGCAGCAGUCGAAUUUUUCUUUUCCCCUUCCCUCUCGUCCAUUCUUCACAUUCUCCUCCUCCUCCUCCUCCGUCCAUCUCUCAUUCCAACGCCACCGCGGACGUCCCCGACCAUCGCUUUCGCUGCUCUCUCUUUCUCCUCUUCUUUCACGUCCCCCCCAAGCUCCAGGGACGCCACGUCCCUGCGCCCGAGACUAGACAUGUCGUUCAUGGGAGGGGCGGAAUGCUCUACAGCCGGGAACCCGUUGAGCCAGUUCCAGAAGCACGUCCAGGAUGACAAGACGCUGCAGCGCGACCGCCUCGUCGGCAGAGGGCCCGGUGGCCAGCUAAAUGGCUUCCGCAGCCACCAGUCCAACGCCCCGCAAGAUGAGAUGAUGAACGGCUUCCUCAACGGCGCCCCGAGCUUACAGCAGGACUUCCCCAUGCAAGCCGGCCCUGCUCCGCUCAGCCCAGCCCAGCACGCGCCCAUGCGUGCCAGCUCGGCGUCCCCCUCGUGGGCGCACGACUUCAACAACCAGCCCGGCAUGGAGUCGGCCUUCAAGCCGCCCCCCGGCGCCCACUUCAGCCCCGACGAGUUCGCCCGCUUCAGCCAACUCAACGGCCAAGCCUCGUCGGCCAGGUCCAGUCCCAUGCAGGGCAACAUGAGCAACAUGCCCGGCCAAAUGUCCCAGCGCCCCAUGAUGGGAGUGGGCAUGAUGAACCGCAGCAUGGGCUACGGCCAGGGCAUGUUCCAGCCCAUGUAUCAGAACCAUCAACCCUUGCAGCAGCAGCAGCAGCAGCCGGAAGGCAAGGGCAAGGGUAAGCUGGUUGAGCUUGACGACAGCAAGUGGGAGGAGCAGUUUGCCCAGCUUGAGUUACAGGAUAAGGAAGCUGCCGAGAAGCUCAAGGAGCAGGAGGAGGCCAAUGCCGCUGAGCGCGAGCUCGACGAGAUGGACAAGGCCAUGCAGUCGGAAACGAAUGAGUCCAUGGUCAACGAAGACCAACUUUUCGACCAGUUCGACAACGACUGGGACACCAGCGCCAUGCCCGACUUUCAGGGUCUCGGAGACUGGGGUCGAUUCGGCGAUCCCGUCGUCGAGAAGUACAUGUUUGAGGAGGAGAAUAUUUUCCGUGAUCAGAAGAACGCCUUUGAAGAGGGCGUGCGCGUCAUGAAGGAGGGAGGUAACCUGUCCCUGGCGGCGUUGGCCUUUGAGGCAGCUGUGCAACAGCAUCCCGAUCACGUCGAGGCCUGGGUAUAUCUCGGGCAGGCUCAGGCCCAGAACGAAAAGGAGACGGCCGCCAUCAGGGCCAUGGAGCAGGCACUCAAGCACGACCCCAACAACCUCGAUGCCCUCAUGGGCCUGGCGGUAUCAUACACCAAUGAGGGCUACGACAGCACCGCGUACCGGACGCUGGAGCGGUGGCUGUCGGUCAAGUACUCCAACAUCCUGGACCCCAAGGACCUCUCGCCUGCGUCCGACCUGGGCUUCACGGACCGGCAGCUCCUCCACGACAAGGUGACGGACCUGUUCAUCAAGGCGGCGCAACUUAGCCCGGAUGGUGAGCACAUGGACCCAGACGUUCAGGUCGGCCUCGGCGUGCUCUUCUACGGCGCCGAAGAGUACGACAAGGCCGUCGACUGCUUCCAGUCGGCGCUGCACUCGUCGGAGCUGGGCACUUCAAAUCAACAGGAGCAGGUCCAUCUCCUCUGGAACAGGCUUGGCGCCACGCUCGCCAACAGCGGGCGGUCCGAGGAGGCCAUCGCGGCCUACGAGCAGGCGCUGUCGCUGUCGCCCAACUUUGUCCGCGCGCGCUACAACCUGGGCGUCAGCUGCAUCAACAUCAACUGCCACCAGGAGGCGGCGUGUCACUUCCUGGCGGCCCUCGAGAUGCACAAGUCGAUCGAGAAGUCGGGCCGCACAAAGGCCUACGAGAUACUGGGCGACGGCGCCGCGCCGCAGGUGGACGAGGCGCUCGACCGCAUGUCGGCCCAGAACCGAAGCAGCACGCUGUACGACACCCUGCGGCGCGUCUUCACGCAGAUGGGCCGCAGGGACCUGGCCGAGAAGACGGUGGCGGGCGUCGAUCCGGACGUCUUCCGCCCAGAGUUUGAUUUUUAGACGGACGUGCAUCGCCUGGCGGGCGUUUUUCAUUCUUUGGACCCCUGGAAGUGAGCAGCUACGCCUCUCCAGGAGAAACUGACACGAUUUGAUCAAGGGAUGCGGCAUUGAGGCGGAACGGCGGGGAAAUGGGCAUAUAUGUUGGAUAUAUUGGGAGUCAGCUCAUGACUGACUGAGAGCUUUCCAAGUGCGGUCUGUACAGAAACGGGCUGAUUGACGAGGGCAGCGACUCGCAGGAAGCUCGAUAUGGCUCGAGCGAGUGCUGCUUCCCACGAACACAAAUGAACAUAAGAAUCUACUUCACAGACGGGUCUUGUCCGCGGCCGCCCGCCCGCCCGCCCCCUCACUUCCGCUGGUGGUGUCAUGCCCUUCCACGUUGAUGAAUCGUCAACCCCUUGACGACGAUGGACGUUCUCAAGCACUGCCCUGAAUGCAAUGCCCCGGACGGCUGGCCAUUUGGUCGGACACGUGCG